AUAUUGACAAUUUGAAUUUGCCCCAGGAUGACUUGCAGUUUUGUAAAAACCUUGAUUUUCUCCAUCUACAGAGUGCCCUUCUUCUGUGAAAUAUCCAAAUUUGUAAAAAAGUCUGGAACAUGCCCCACGAUCAAAAACGCGAGCGAAAAACCUCCUUGGCUCCGCUGUCGCCGUGUCCAAUUCCCGAUAUCAGCGACGAUGAAUUGGUUUCGAUUUCCGUCCGGGACUUGAACCGAACUUUGAAGCUGCGAGGACUUACGCGAGAUGAAAUCGUUCGCAUGAAGCAACGACGAAGAACGCUAAAGAACCGCGGGUACGCGGCCAGCUGUCGUAUAAAACGAAUUGAACAGAAAGACGUGCUGGAAACGGAGAAAUCCCAAGAGUGGCACGACCUAGAACAUAUUCAGGACGAGAACGACGCAAUACGCCACGAAAUUGAGACUUGGAGGAGCAAAUAUGAGUCCUUAAAGAAAUUCGCAAGUGCAAAUAAGAUCCCGUUACCGCCCGAAUUGGAGACGUGUUAACUCAGAUAUUUUCGUACAAAGGUGGUAGCUCUACAGUACAUUUGCAGUAAAAGACAAAUUUGUUAUAAGUUUCAAUCCCAAAAAGGCUUGAAUAAAGUAAGGUAUGUUUAAGGAAGCAUCA